AUGGUUCAAAAAUUUGUUGGGUGUUACAAAAAUGAUGUUAAAGGAAAGAAAAGUGGGACGUCGGAGUUGGAUAUCAUGUCAGAUGCACAUGCUUUUUUUGCUCAGGAUCAAGGUACAACAUUCAAUCUUGAGUACGCAUGGCGAUUAUUAAAAGAUGAAGCUAAAUGGUGCAUCGUCGGAGAAUCGAUUGGAAGUUCUUCAAAAAUAACAAAUACUUCUGCUAGUGGGGCAUCAUCAGAGAACUCAGAUACAACUUCAAGUUAUGAGUUUAACUCAUCAUCACCAAUGGAGCGUCCAAUGGGACAAAAAGCAGCAAAAAGGAAGGGUAAGGCAUCGGAAAUUCCAAAUGCAACGCAAGAUGCAAGGAAUAAAAGAGCAGAAUGCAUGGAAAGACUUGCACAAUGUAAGGAGGACGAGAUAGAAUUAAAGGUAAUACAAAUCAUGAUGAAGGACGCUUCUACUAAGAGCGAUAGUCAACGAGAUAUUCAUGAAAAAUAUUGUAAUAAGAUGGAAAAAAAUAUGGAAUACAAUUCAGAUAAUAACGAUCAAGAAUUUUGGGCGUUGGUUGAAGAAGAAUUUAUGGACGACAGUGAUGAAGAACAACAACUUCAGAAUUCUGGGAGUUCUUCUAGGUGA